UAAUCCACCGAUGCACGAAGACACAAACAAUCUCGCAAGCCACCAAGACCAUCUUAGCUUCAAACCCAGUCUUCAUGGCGAACCAAGCUUUCCUCCACCUCGCGCUACUACUGCUGCUCCUCUGCAGCGCCACCCAAGGCGAUGAGCUGGGAGCAGAUGCGGUGGGCCGGACGGCGUGCCAGGCGGCGGACCUGGUGGUGAGGCAGUCGGCGACGGGGCGGGUCGUGGAGGGUAAGCCGGAGUACGCAGUGGAGGUGACCAACCGCUGCCGGUGCGCGCAGUCCAGGGUGCUGCUCCGCUGCUACGGCCUUAGCAGCGUCGAGGCCGUGGACCCGCGGGCGAUCCGGCCCGUCGACGGCGAGCGCUGCCUGCUCCGGGGCGGCCGGCGGAUCCCGAGCGGCGCGCCGGUGCGGUUCAAGUACGCCUGGAUGACGCCGUUCGACUUCCCUCUGGUCAGCUCGCAGGCCCACUGCUAGGUACUACUAGCUGCGUGUGCCUAGAUCAGCCGAUGGUACUCAUGUAAUGUAAGAGACAUUUUAUAGUGCACAAGUGCAGUAGUGCGAUUGCGCGCUCCGCCGCGCGCGAUGCUACCCCGUUUGAUAUUAGCUAGGCUGAUUUGCUGCGGUUUCUCUCUAUUGUAACACGAAUGUGAGUGUUAGUUACACCCUUUGUAAAGAAAUAUAAAAGCGUUUAGAUCACUUGGUGAUCUAAACGCUCUUAUAUUAAUGAUCUAAACACUCUUAUAUUUCUUUA